AUGUCUAGCUGGUAUUCGCAAUACAAAUCAUCCAUCACCGUCAUCCUCUUAGUCCUCGUCCCCAUCGUCGUCAUCUGCAGCAUCCUCGCCAUCGCCCUCCUCUGCUCGGAAUUCUGGAGCACCCGAAAGUCAGUCACCUGGGUGUUCUGGGUCAAGCCGCAGGAUCGUCAGAAAGGGAAACGAAAUUCCCAGCCGGAUCUCGAACGGGGUCGGAACCCGCCUGCUUAUCAGGAACCGCUGCGCAGACGGGAGGAGGAGAAUUGA